AUGGUUCUUCUUGCGCUACACCAUCUAGUUCCGUUGGGCAGUCUUCUUGCCUGCGGUACCUAUGGUAGACUGACAGAGCUUGCUGGCGCAUCUUCCAGUAAACCCGAGGCAGCGAACGCUCCACUGUCCCAGGCCGAAACCUUUCAGUUGACAGAGGGACUUAUUCAACAAAUCUGGGAGGAUCCAAGAGCCUCUCAGAUUGCCAACCUCCUCUCUUUUUACCAAGGCAGUAAUACUCGAUCCGCCCGCAAUGCAAAGAAUAGUUCUUGUAAGACCUUCCCAGGAGAUGAUAAUUGGCCAACUAUUGGGGAAUGGGAUACAUUAAAUGACCUCUUGGGGGGGGCGUUGAUAUCAUCUGCUCCGGUGGCCGCCCCAUGCUACAAUUCUGCGUGGGGCCCUAAAGACCUUUCCAAAUGCAAUGAAGUUAUUCGUAGGUUCGGUACACCAUCGUUACAUGAGGAUGAUCCAACAAGCAUCAUGUGGCCAAUAUAUCAAGGGCGGACCUGCUUCCCCCGUAAUGAUACUACGACGGAAGAUACGUGCACUCUAGGAGGAUAUCCAACAUAUGCUGUGAAUGUCACCAGCGUUGCCCAAAUACAACUUGCUCUCAAUUUCGCGCGCAACGCUAACAUUCGCGUCGUCGUCAAGAAUACAGGUCAUUGCUAUUUGGGUAAAUCUUCAGGAGCAGGCUCACUGAGCAUCUGGAUGCAUAACCUCAAGGAAAUUAAAUACCUGCCUAGCUACAUAGCGAAAGGAUACAUGGGAUCGGCAAUGAAGGCAGAUGCUGGAACUACAGUUCAGGAAGUGUAUAGAGCUGCGGAAGCACAGGGCGGCACUAUUCAAGGUGGUGUCUGUGAGAGUGUCGGUUUCGUUGGCGGCUAUCUCCAAGGGGGAGGCCACAAUCCUCUGUCAGGUUACUAUGGAAUGGCUGCCGAUUCAGUUUUAGGUUACCAAGUCGUGACAGCGGACGGUCGUUUUGUUACCGCAUCUGAAGAGUCGGAGCCUGAGUUGUUCUGGGCUUUACGAGGUGGUGGCGGAUCGACAUUUGGAAUAGUGACCUCCGCCAUUGUCAAAGUCCAUCCAAAGAUUCAAGUUACUCACUCAACUUUCGAGCUGGGCAAUACGACAAACCAGACCGUCAGUCGCGAGAACUUUUGGAAAGGCGUGAGGAAGUACUGGGAGAUGUAUCCAGAAUUUACUGAUGCAGGAACCUACUCUUGGUAUUUUAUCUUCAAUACUGAUGGGCAGUUGACAUUGAGGAUGAGAUCCUUUUUUGUUCCAGGUCAUACGAUCGAAUCUUACAAUAAUCUCACAAAGCCAUUGUUCGACAGAAUCAAUGAGCUCGGCAUCCCAUUCAAGGCCCCACAUAAUUCAACACAUUAUGAUUCAUUCUUUCCGGCAUACUGGGACGCCUGGGGAUCCACAGCACAGCCCAUGGGUUCAGCGCAAUCCCUUCCAGGCAACCGCCUCAUUCCAAAGGCAAACUGGGAUGAUCCAGUCAAAUUCAAUCUUACGUUCGAUACUUUGAUGAAACACGUCAACAACGCACGCCAUUUCGGUUGUUACCACCAAGCACCGAAGAAUCCUCAGAACGUCGACAACGCUGUUAGUUCUGCCUGGCGCCACGCACAAAGCUUCUUUAUCACCCAAUCACCGAGGUUCACCCCAAACAGUACCACCGAGCAGAUAUUCAACGCAAACAAAGUCCUGCAAGAUGAUAUUCUCCAACCUUGGAGAGACAUCACGCCUGCGACUGAGGGUGGAGGAUCAUACUUGAACGAAGCUAGCGUCAUGGAACCUAAAUGGCAGGAAGAUUUCUACGGUGACAAGUAUCCAAGGUUGCUAGAGAUUAAGAAGCAGUACGACCCCGAAGGGCUGUUCUACGCGACCACGGCUGUUGGAAGCGAACAGUGGGUGGUGAAUGAUGGGGAUCAGGGUGUGCAGACACAGAACGGCAGGCUAUGUAGGCUUUAG